CCCCGAUCACCUUCUCAUUAUCUCUUCCUCCAUCAAAUCCUGCAACUUUCAUGUUCACAACCCUCCUUUUGUAUCUCAUUCACCUUUUCUUUCAAUCUUCCUCUUCUGCCAUUUCGUUUCAAGCUCCUAAUCUCUGAGAAAAGAGAUGGCGGAGAACGAAGAGUUCAGUUUCGAGACGGGGGCGGCGCAGAGCGAGCUGCCAAAGAUAGAGACGCAGAAGAAGCAGAACGAGAUCUGCCACGAUGACAGUACGCAUCCAGUCAGGGCUCAGACCAUCGACGAGCUCCACUCUCUCCAGAAGAAGAAAUCGUCACCCACCACCCCUAUUAAGGGGACCCAAGGCUCCUUCACCCCCAUCUCCGAUGAACAGCGCCAUAAACAGCAGCUCCAGUCCAUCAGUGCAUCUUUGGCGUCACUGACGAGAGAAACGGGACCAAAGUUGGUGAAAGGAGACCCGACACGGAAGACACAAACACCAAAGGACAUACCACAUGAUCACCAUUUCACACCGACCAUUAACGUUAGUGACAGUUCGUUGAAGUUCACACAUGUCCUCUACAACCUCUCUCCCGCAGAGCUAUAUGAGCAGGCCAUAAAGUAUGAGAAAGGGUCGUUCAUCACAGAGACGGGCGCCUUAGCAACCCUUUCUGGAGCCAAGACCGGUCGUUCUCCCAGAGAUAAGCGUGUUGUAAAGGAUGAGACUGCUGCGGAUGAGCUUUGGUGGGGAAAGGGUUCACCCAACAUUGAAAUGGACGCGGAAACUUUCUUGGUGAACAGAGAAAGAGCUGUUGAUUACUUGAACUCUUUGGACAAGGUCUUUGUGAAUGAUCAAUUCUUGAACUGGGACCCAGAGAAUAGAAUUAAAGUCCGGAUAGUCUCUGCCAGAGCUUACCAUUCCCUGUUCAUGCACAACAUGUGUAUCCGACCCACUCCUGAAGAGCUGGAGAAUUUCGGUACUCCGGACUUCACUAUAUACAAUGCUGGGCAGUUCCCAUGUAAUCGUUACACGCACUACAUGACAUCCUCUACUAGCAUAGAUCUUAAUCUUGCAAGGAAGGAAAUGGUCAUCCUUGGCACCCAGUACGCCGGGGAAAUGAAGAAGGGUCUGUUCAGUGUUAUGCAUUAUCUCAUGCCUAAGCGUCAAAUCCUCUCCUUACAUUCUGGCAGCAAUAUGGGGAAAGAUGGAGAUGUUGCCCUCUUCUUUGGAUUGUCAGGUACUGGGAAAACAACCCUGUCUACAGAUCACAAUAGAUACCUGAUUGGAGAUGAUGAACACUGUUGGAGUGGCAGUGGUGUGUCAAAUAUAGAAGGUGGUUGCUAUGCUAAGUGCAUUGACCUCUCGAGGGAGAAGGAGCCUGAUAUCUGGAAUGCCAUUAAAUUUGGGACUGUGCUGGAAAAUGUGGUGUUUGAUGAGCACACCCGAGAGGUCGAUUAUACUGACAAAUCUGUUACAGAGAACACCCGUGCAUCCUACCCUAUCGAGUAUAUCCCCAACGCAAAGAUACCAUGUGUUGGUCCUCAUCCAAAGAAUGUCAUACUUCUAGCAUGCGAUGCAUUUGGGGUGCUCCCACCAGUGAGCAAGCUGAGCUUGGCACAGACCAUGUACCAUUUCAUCAGUGGCUAUACGGCUCUGGUGGCAGGCACAGAAGAGGGUGUGAAAGAGCCACAGGCAACAUUCUCGGCUUGCUUUGGUGCAGCAUUUAUUAUGUUGCACCCUACCAAAUAUGCAGCCAUGCUGGCUGAGAAGAUGCAGAAACAUGGUGCCACAGGAUGGCUUGUCAACACCGGCUGGUCAGGUGGAAGGUAUGGUUCAGGGAAUCGAAUUAAGCUGCCAUACACUCGGAAAAUCAUCGAUGCCAUACACUCUGGCAGCCUCCUCGAGGCAAAUUACAAAAAGACUGAAGUGUUCGGGCUUGAUAUCCCUACUGAGAUUGAGGGAGUGCCUUCUGAAAUCCUGGACCCCGUGAACACUUGGUCAGACAAGGAUGCUUAUAAUGAUACGCUGUUGAAGCUGGCUGGCCUGUUCAAGAACAAUUUUGAAACAUUCACCAACUACCAGAUUGGCCAAGGCAAUGAGCUGACUCAGGAGAUCCUUGCAGCUGGUCCGAACUUCUAAUCCUGAGCAGAAGAAAAGCAAUAGCCCAUCAUAAACUCUUGGGAAAUUAUGGUUGAUGGAAAUAAGAAAUGGUGAGAGUUGGUAUCAACAUGAGGUUCAAUAACCAACAUGUAGAAUGGUUUUUGUUAAAGAUCAUCAGAAUUUUAUGAUAUUUUGAUGAAGAUUGACUUUA